AUGCCUCCUGAAGUAGGCGACCACUGGGAGCCUCAUUUCCCGAUGAAUCGUGCACUCUCUCAAGGCUCGAUGAUGUCGCAUACACAGCCGCUUAGUCGACCUGGUACAGCGGAUCCAUUACGGUCUCGGUCAAAUACUGCUAUUUCGAGAGCUCAUCGUCGCCCUCGAUCGAGAGGGUCGACUGCUAGUAUUCAUUCGAGCACGACACAGCAAACCCAGGAUCAACACAUGGGCGAUGGAUUCUCUCCCUUUAUGCCCUCUCAACAAGCACCACCGCAUGGCGUGUUUAACCCGAAUCCCGAGGAAAUGAUGAUGCGGUUCAAUCAACAAAUGGCACAUUCGAAUAGUCAGGGUUCACUGGACGUCUCAAUGCAUGAAGCCCAUGGGGCUGUUAUGCCACGACCGGAUGACUUUCACGGCCUCCAAAGCUCAAUGUCUGAUAUGACUGCUCAUGGGAUGCCAGGUAUACCCGUCAGCCAUUACGGACACAUUUACGACGGCAGUGGAAUGGACCCCCCAAUGCCGGAUCGUACCGGUGAUGACAAUGAUAAUUCGGAGGCUGGUGGUCGAAAGAAACGAGGAUCGAGCUCUACCAUUGCUAACGAUAAUGAACUGAGAAAACUUCUUCGUCAAUAUGAAGGUUACACCCUCAAGCAGAUGGCUACUGAGGUCCAGAAGCAUGAAGGCGCGGGUGGGAAAUCCGAAAAGGUGAAACAGGUUUUCGCCAUGGUGUGGUUAAAAGAGAAUUGCCGGAAAAGCAGCGGCUCUGUUCGACGGGAUCGUGUAUAUUGUUGUUAUGCAGAGAGAUGUGGAAGCGAACAUGUUUCCGUUCUCAACCCAGCUUCCUUUGGCAAACUUGUGCGAAUCAUAUUUCCGAAUGUACAGACACGUCGCCUUGGUGUCCGAGGCGAAUCGAAAUACCACUAUGUUGAUCUUACUGUCAUAGAAGAAAAACAUCAACAAUCGAUCGGCCAAAGCUCACAAGAUCAAAACACGGCAAACGAGUCGUUUGGUACAGAGAAAGGGUUGAACUCGUCUAUACGACCUCGCAGUAUAAGCAUAUCUCAACCACCAGUUGAUACCGCCGUCUUUCCCUCACCUACAACUUCUUUUACGCCCAAAUUUUCGCUUGCUCCGAACGUCAACGGAUGCACUUGUGAAUCUCAAACACGGUCCAAGAUUGACCACACGAUUACAUUGGAAAACAUAUCAACACAAAGCGGAAGGACGAUACGUCAGAUGCUUGCCUUCCCUGACUCGACUUCAGCACAGGUCGAUAAUGACUCUCUAAAAAUCCCCGAUAUCUCCCCAUAUCUUCCUGCGAACACAGAUACCAAAGUUGCAGAUGCCCUAGCAGCCUUAUACAGGACUCAUUGCAUUUCCGUCAUUGACAGCUUCCGAUUUUGCAAGGAACGGAACUUGUUUCGACACUUUUCUGCAUUCCAUGGGACAUUGACUGUUCCUGUACAGAAACUGCUGAUUCAUCCGAACCUUGCACCCUGGAUUAAGGAAUGUGAUUGGCGUAUGUACCAAAAGAUGAUUGAAUUCGUGGCGCCUUUGACCACACAGGUUGUACCACAGCCGGUGCUUGAUUCCUUUGGCUCAAUCUCUCGACGUCUGACAGGACACAUAUCCGAGACGUUCAAGUCUCAUCCUAUCCAUGUAUCUUUGUCGCGAUUAGCACCAGCGCAUAUUUUCUGCAAUCUCUUGAAACAUAUGCUUGAUGUGAACCAAGCCGCCAAUGCCGCCGCAGCCUGGCUUUGCCAUCCGGAUAAUCGCAAUCAAAUGUGGAUUGAUUUUGCUACUUUUGUGGAUCCGAAAGAUAUGUUAAUCAAAGCUCAUAUUCCAGCUUGUUCGGAGAAAGCAACAGAGCAAAUAUUGAAACACGAUGUGCGUGCUCUUUUGACGCCAUUGGAGACUCCAACGUCACCUACCCUUCUAUCCUUCUAUCAAACAGGAGACCAUGUGCAGGGUCUAAAAAGUACCGUCGAGAUCUCAACAGGUGAUGAAUACAACUUCCCUGAUAAAUGGAUCUCUUUCAUACUCAGUCUACCGUCACUUUUCCCUAACCACCCGGCACAGUGCAUAGUCGACAAGGUCGAUAAAUUAUGGGACUCUGUGUUACAUCGCUUGACACUUGCUGGUGCCCCUAGCUUCAGUGCAUGGUGGAUGACCAAAGUAUUCUUUCAUGAAAUGUUAUUAUGGCAAGUGGAAAAGGGUGGUUUCAUGAAGCAUACCCCUAGCUCCCUACAAAGUUCUUCAGCACAAUCGCAACUGGAGAAUACUCAGGCUCGUGUUUCCAGACAAGGGAGUUUUGCAAUCCCAGUAAAGAACGAGCCUUUUAUCGCCAACGAACAUGGCUCCAUUUUGGAGACUGGGCCAACAACAAACCCGGGAAACGACCGAACAACGAAUGAGAAAACACCCGCUAUGGAUAGUUUUCCAGGUCCCCAAGCGCCUAACCACGACGAUAGCGGCAUCGGCCUUGACGAUGAUUCUAUGCUUAUGUCCGUUGGCAAAUACGAUAUAAUGACAGAUACAACAGAUGCGGAAGGCGACGUGGUUGUCGUCGCCUAA